CCGCCCGAACUUGGUGUUUCAUUUACAUCUUUAACAUGGCGCAGCCGAAAUAAAAGAAUCUACAUUGAAAAUUGUUUGAAGAUAUUGUGUUUUACGGUCCACGUAGUUAACUGUGUGUAUACGUGCUGUAGAAGAUUCGAUUUGGUGACAAUUAGUGGAAGUAAUUUUGUGAACUUUGAUCAUGGACUCGAUAUUGCCACCGCCGCCGCCAUUUUCGUUCGUUAAUAGUUUAGAAAAUGUUACGACGGGAAAUUUAUCAAAAGAGUGGGAAAAAUGGAAGAACGCAUUUCUCAUUUAUUAUGACGCGUGUGAGCUGUCGAAAAAAGACUCGAAAGUACAAUUAAGCAUCCUUUUACAUAUCGUCGGCGAGCAGUGCCGAGAAGUGUACGAGCAAUUUGAUAAAUCGUCGAUAACGAAAUCAUCGGAGUUACUGGAUAAGUUUGACUCAUUUUUCCUGCCUAAAAAGAAUCUUACUAUUGAACGGCACAGAUUUUUUACUCGCGAUCAAAAGGAAGGCGAGUCUAUCGAACAAUAUUCGUUCGAGUUAAAAAAAUUGGCGAGUUCGUGUGAAUUUAAAGACCUAAUGGAGACUUUAAUUCGGGAUAGACUUAUUUGUGGAAUAAAGGACCACGCGAUUCGGGAAAGACUACUACGGGAACCAGAUUUAACUUUGAAAAAAUCAUUAGAUAUUUGCAAUGUUGCGCAAAUUUCGAAGGUACAGGCCGGAGCCAUCAAAAAAGAAUCUGUGGAGCAUCAUGCCUAUGCGGUACAAAGAGAUUAUUUUGGGCAUCACGGAGUACUGCGGGAAGACAGUAGUGAAAUUAGUGAUGUAAAUCGGGUAAUGUGGGUAUCCCGGCGAGGAGCGCCCGCGCAUCGAGGAGCAGCGCGCGGGUGGCCCCGCGGUCGUAGGCAGCCAUCGCGCCCCCGUGCGCCGCCCGCUCACCCGCCCGCGCCGCCAGUGCAGCGCUGGAAUCUACCGAUGCAACGAAAUCAACUGACGUACGAACACGGUCGUAGUAGUGAGCGUAGUGCAUGGUGUUCAAUGUGUGGUUAUGAACAUGGGAACUCCAGAUGUCCUGCUGCAGGAAAGAGGUGUUUGAACUGCAACCGAUUUGAUCACUUUUCUCGGAUGUGCAAAAUUUACGAGAUUCAAGCGGAUGACUCAACCGAUCAGGACGGUUAUACCACCUGAUCGAUGGGGCUACUAAACGUGCAGACUGAUGACACUGAUGACUCAUCAAGUCGUGGAAAAAAAAAGAAAUCUAUUAAAAUGUAAUAUAUAUCAUAUAUAUUCAUAAAUAAAUAAAGCACCUGUAUAAAAACAUCAUUUUGUAAUGUGCAAUGCUUUUGGCUUAAUAAGUUUAUAUCUCACGUUCAAAAUUUAACCUAUUAAUGGAAACAUGUUAUCAUAAUAAAUCCAUGAUAAAUUAUAAUUUGUAGGUACAAAUAAUUAUUGUUAUUAUAUGUUUUAUGCAUAAGUAUGUGUUCAAGUUUCAUAAAAUAAAAAAAUAAAUAAAAAGUGCAUGUUAAUUCAUAGAUUAUAACAAUUAAAAUUAAACUUAGGUACCUAUAAAUAAAGCAGGGUAUUAAGUACAUUGCAGUAAUAAGCACAGUGUAAAUUAUUAAAUAAAUAAAAAUAAAAUACUAUCCACCAAGUCUACUUACAGUCAAUUUGUCAUA